AUGGCGACCCAGACCAGCAAAAGGAAACUGACCUACGGUCGGCAUAGCUCCCUCCAAACCAUUACAGCCACGCCUCUGGACCAACAUAAAGAUGGUUACUGGGUAAUCUACAUUCACGGCGGUGCCUGGCGUGAUCCAACAAUUACAGCAGAAUCCAUUGAACCCACUCAAUCUAUCCUCCAAGCCUCCCCCGACCUCCCCAUCACAGGCUUCGCCUCGAUCGAGUAUCGGCUCAGUGCACACCCGAAUCACCCACAGGAUAAAGCAACAACACCAUCUGAAGAAUACCGUGAUGCAAAACACCCCGAUCAUAUCCGCGAUGUAGAAGCUGCGCUGGCUUUCUUGCAGAAUACCUAUGGCUUCGGACAUCGGUAUAUCCUGGUUGGUCACAGUUGCGGCGCGACACUGGCUUUCCAAGCUGUUAUGGGCGCGGUAGCGGGACAUCGGGAACAAUUGUUUAAUGGGAGUUCUGAGGAUUGUGAUGUGGAAACUGAGCCGGUUUCGUCAUCCCCAGAACCGCUUCCGCCGCGAUUGUCUGCGCACCCGACGGCGAUCGUCGGCGUUGCGGGUAUCUAUGACUUGCGGCAAAUUGUGGAAACGCAUCGGGAUAUCUCCGAAUACCGCAGGUUUGUGGAAGGUGCAUUUGGCACGGAUGAGUUGCUUUGGGAUUCGGUGUCGCCGGCGCAGAUGGUUGGGUCACGAGGUGUGGAGGGUGGUUGGAAGACUGGUCGAUUAGUUGUCCUGGCGCAUUCAAAGGAUGACGAGCUCGUCGAUCAGGGACAGCUUGAGACUAUGCGGGAGGCUCUCCGUGCCUGGGAGGAGAGGAAGGCGCAGGUCUCCAAGGAAGAGCUGACGUCAAAUGAUCGCCGAGUGCAAGUUCUUCCUCUUACUGGGGGGCAUGAUGAAGCUUGGGCUAAGGGCGGGGAGCUUGCUCGUGCGGUCAAGUUUGCCUUCGAGGAGCUGCGGAAUAUGGGAUUAUCGCCUUAA